UUUGGGAAUAGAAAUGUAUAAACUAAACCAUCUGCUGAGGACCAUACAUCCCAAGCAGUGGCGACCCGUCAUAUCUUUUGGGGGGGGGCUUGUCUGUUUUGCAUGUUAUUUUGGCAUUAAUACGUGUCACAUCAGUUAGCAAACAAUAUUUAAUAAAGCCGCAUACAAACAUGGUCUUGAGUAAAGCAGCUCCAAAAUGCAGGUGUUUCAGCCUAACUCAGUGCUUUCUGUGAUGGUGUUACGAGGAGUGGAACAGGGGAACCCAAGAGCAGACUCAGACGAGGAGACUGGGAUGAAGUAACCAAGGCCUAAUGAAAUCUCAAACGAUGGCAUCACGUUGCCCUUGUUAUUUCAACUAUGGAAGUACACUAUCAGAACCUCAGCCAAAUCAUCACGAGCAACAUGGUUGAGUGGACAGAUGAAGAGCGCGCGGCCAUCACCAACAUCUUCUCCAAACUAGACUAUGACGACAUUGGCCAAAAGUCCCUGUCAAGGUGUCUGAUCGUGUACCCCUGGACCCAGAGGUAUUUCGGGGGCUUCGGCAACCUGUACAACGCAGAAGCCAUCAUGAACAACCCUCUGAUUGCUAAGCACGGCACCACGGUGCUGCACGGUCUGGACAGAGCUCUGAAGAACAUGGACGACAUCAAGAACACAUACGCCGAGCUGAGCGUUCUGCACUCCGAGAAACUGCACGUGGAUCCCGACAACUUUAAGCUGUUGUCUGACUGUCUGACCAUCGUCAUCGCUGGGAAGAUGGGCAACGCAUUCACCCCCGAAUAUCAGGCAUCCUUCCAGAAGUUCUUGUCAGUGGUGGUGUCUGCUCUGGGCAGACAGUACCACUAGAGUCAGUCUCCAUAUAGCUGGCCGAGGAGACAGCCUGUGUGCUCAUGUCUUUCACUCUUCGAUGAAUAAAUAAAAUAAGCAAAUAA